AUGUCUGUCCAGCCGAAGCUGAAACCUAAUGACGGUGCUUCCUCCUCUGUUGGAGUUUCCGUUGGUGGCCGUUGCAGGUGUCGCCGUCUUCCAGCCUUUUCUGUUCUUCCCCAAUACCUUGAUUCUGGGGACUGUGACCGUGUUUGUGAGUUCUGCGGUGCAUAUUUCUGGUAUGUUGAGAGGGUCCUGAAGUUCUCCACACCUGGUCAUCCGAGGUAUAAUCACUGUUGCAGGGGUGGAGAUGUUGUGCUUCCUUACGUAGUAAUCGGAACUCCAGGUGGCCGACAACAGGCCGGGACUGCAACAGGUGAAUCAGGUGUUGGGUUAAAUGUUUUACAUAAAUCAUUAUAUCAGGGGAUUAUUGUUUCCCUAGAUUUGUCUGCUAAUCAUGAAAAGCAAUCACCAUCUCAAAACGAUGCUCAGAAACUUGAAGUUAAAUUCAAAUCUCUUGAAUCACAGGCUAUUACUAGAAUCAGCCCUUACUACAACAAAAAAAACUCACUGGAAGACGAUGGUUCCAAAGUGGAAAAGCUUCUGCAUGAUGCAGGAUUUAGUGGUGGUGGACUGCUUAUACAGUCGGAGAUGCAACAUGGUCCGGUGAAUAUGGUGGCGGGUGCCCAGAAUGUGAAUGGGGUUGCAGUUGGUGGACUUGAAGGGUAUUUGGGUAAUUCGAGGUUUUCCUAUUAG